CCCGAUCCAGCAGCCAUGCAGAUCUUCGUCAAGACGCUGACGGGCAAGACCAUUACGCUGGACGUCGAGCCGUCGGACACCAUCGACAACGUCAAGCAAAAGAUCCAGGACAAGGAGGGCAUCCCGCCGGACCAGCAGCGCCUGAUCUUCGCCGGCAAGCAAUUAGAAGAUGGAAGAACCCUGAGCGACUACAACAUCCAGAAGGAAAGUACAUUACACUUGGUGCUGCGGCUGCGCGGCGGCGCCGAGGACGAGGGCGGCACGUGCUUCAAGGUCUGGAACUGCGUGGAAAUCAAAUUUCAGGCGUUGGCCUUAUCGACGCGACGUUGUCCUUGGAACUGCGUCUGCUCAAUGGCGUGAAGCUAUCGACGCGACGUUGUCCCCGUUCCUGCGGCAGCUCGAUGGCGUGGAGGUUCACAAAGGUCUCCGCAAUCAUUCUCAGGUAACCUAACUCACUGGCCGAUUCCACACAGGUCUGGAAGAAGGCCCGGACGACGGUCCUCGUGCACAAGUCGCCGAAGCUGCAGAUGAUCGACGACCCGAAAGUGGUCAUAACGCAGUACGCGGUGAGCGCCGUGGUGAUCAUCUACUUCCUGUUCAACAUCUUCCAGAACUUCGGGUACAUGAAGCUCGAGACGCCCUACGGCAGCACGAACAUGUGGGCCGGGGGCUACGACGCCAGCAACGACGCGGGCCUCUGCUCGCGGCUCGCCGACUAUGAUUUCAAGUAUUCCGACGCCUGGACGUACUACGACAACAAGUGCCGCCAGUUCACCUACGGCGAAGUGAUGCGUAAACUCGAGGACGGCGGUUUUUAUAUACAGACCUACGUCCAGGACGAGGUGUCGACGUACACUGACUGCGGCGACAGCGCGACCGGCUGCCAGAACGUGUCUACCGUGAAGACGAACUACUUCGUGCCCGGCGUCGACGACAUCGAGAUCUCCGUCGAGCACGGCUUUACGGCCGUACAGCGGGGCGUGUCGAAGCUCAUGCCAAAGACGACGGUCUGGAAGAAGUCGGGCGACUGGGAGGGUAAGAAAGACGACGACGCCGAACGACAAUUCAACGAGAAGAAGCCGUUCGCCAUGACGCUCAAGGAGCUGCUGAAGCUCGCCGGCGUCGACUCGAUCGACGCGCCGAACCACGCCGGCGCGGUCGCGGGCAGCGUGGGCGUGCCGACCUACCGCAUGACGGGCAUGGUCAUCGAGCUGCAGAUCGACUACACGAACAAAAUCCCCGGAUACUACGAAGGGAGCGAGUACGUCGCGCGGGCGUCGAUCGCCAAGGCCCCGAUCGGCUGGGCCGGCCUGGGCGGCGCCACGGACUUCACGGCGCACGCGACGCCGUCGGCGGGCAACGCGGACGGCAGCUUCGAGACCUACGAGUCCUACUCGUACGGCGUCAAGAUCGUCGUCGCCGCGACGGGCGAGAUCGGCCACUUCGACUUCUUCUUCCUCAUGGCCGUCGUGACCCAGCUACUCGUCUACUGGGGCCUCGGCGUCAUCGCCGCCGAGUUCGUCGCGUCGUCGUUGCUGGGCGAGAAGCUGUGUGGAAAUCAAAAUUUUACGGCGCGUUCGUGCUGAAUCGUCGCGUCGACCUCCACGCCAUCGACGCGACGCCUGCUCGAUGGCGUGGCGAUGCCGGUUCCUCGCCGCUCGACGGAGCCAGCGCGGCCGCGUCAUCGCCGAGAAAUGACUUAGUGAAGAAUUAUCGGGUGCACCCGACACACUGUUUGAUUUCCACACAGGCGAGAAGUCCGUGGACUACGUCGACGACCAGCGCGACUACACGCACUGCGUCAACCACCCCGAGUCGACGCGCGGCGAGCGGCCCGCGCACUGGACGAACCGCGAGGGCUGGGACAAGGACGACAAGCCCAAGAAGGGUGAUCCCGGGUCCAUCGCCCGGGGCCUCGGAGCCCUCUAAUUACCCCCCCCCUCGCGCGAUCAAUUCCUCUCGUCGGUCGGAGGCCCCAGGCCCCCCUCUCAUCGGUCGGAGGCCCCUAGGCCCCCCGUCGCAACUAAGUACCUUUAUCCCCGA